AUGUCUCAACUCUGGGCAAAGGUCGUCGCUAGCUAUGAUCCCUUUACGAUCGAGUUCGCAGGCAGCUGCCUCAUCCAGAUCCUUUUCUGGUGGAUUCCUUCAGCCCUCUUUGUUCUCCUUGAUCACCUCGCCCCAACUUUUGCGGCGAAACACAAGAUACAGCCUCCACCAAAACAGCCCAAAGGCUCUGAGAUCCUGGACUCUGUCCUGAUAUCUUUGAGGAACCAGCUGAUAGUCAUUGGAUUGCAAUUAUCCCUGGCGUUUCUGGCGACCCAGCAAAAUAUGCCAUCAACAUUCCAGAUCACUGCGUCAUUUCCAUCUGCGAGGAGCUUUGCGAGCGACUUUGCUAUCUGUUUAGUUGCCCGAGAGAUUCUCUUCUACUACUCCCAUCGACUAUUUCACAUACCGUACCUGUACCGUCGCAUCCAUAAAAUCCAUCACAAGUUCACAGCACCAGUCGCCUUCGCGUCACAGUAUGCCCAUCCUAUCGAGCAUAUUGUAGCCAACACGAUUCCCAUUGUCCUUCCGCCCGUAUUGCUCAGAACUCAUAUCUUGACCAUGUGGGCGUUUGUGGCUUGGCAGCUCAUCGAGACGGCGACUGUUCAUAGCGGCUUCGACUUCUUUGGAGGCGCAGCCUAUCGUCAUGAUCGUCAUCAUGAGCGUUUUGAUGUUCAUUUUGGAGGAAUGCCUUGGUUGGAUUGGCUUCAUAACACCGACGAACGAAAGAGAUUGGAGAAGAAGAAUAAGUGA